AAUUGGCAAACAGGCCCUAAGUUUCCACUUCCCCCUGCGGAAACACUCCCCUAGUCCCUAGUUGUGUUUUCUCCUUAUCCGUUAAAACAUCCAAGCAAAUUGUUGGUAAAUUUCGAUGUCAAAUCUAUUAAGUAUCUCUUCUACAUGUCUCACUUACACCACCACUCGCACAGCGUUUCCACCUCGGCGCUCCUUAAUUACCCCUUGCGCUGUGUUAUCACCGGCCAAGAAACUACGGCGGAAGAAGAAACGGCAGCUUCUUGUGCCGGAAGACGAAAUUGUGAGCGUGGCGGAGAAAGGGCUGAGAUUAGUCUUCAUGGAGGAGCUAAUGGCGCGUGUGAGAAGCCGUGAUGUUGCUGGGGUUUCUGACGUCAUGUAUGACAUGAUCGCCGCCGGGAUUUCUCCCGGUCCUAGGUCUUUUCACGGUUUGGUUGUGUCUCAUGUGCUUAAUAGUGAUGAACGUGGCGCUAUGCAUGCUCUGAGAAGGGAAUUGAGUGAAGGCCUUUGUCCUCUUCACGAAACAUUUGUUGCGUUGAUACGAUUGUUUGGCUCCAAGGGACAAGCCACCAGAGGCUUAGAAAUUCUUGCUGCAAUGGAAAAACUAAAUUACGAUGUUCGCCAAGCUUGGCUAGUUCUUACUGAGGAGCUUGUCAGAAGCAAUUAUUUGGAAGAUGCAAAUAAAGUUUUCUUAAAAGGUGCUGGUGGCGGGCUGCGAGCUACUGAUGAACUUUAUGAUAUUCUGAUUGAGGAAGACUGUAAAGCAGGUGAUCAUUCCAAUGCACUGACCAUAUCGUAUGAAAUGGAGGCAGCUGGAAGGAUGGCAACUACUUUUCAUUUCAAUUGUCUCCUUAGUGUACAGGCUACGUGUGGCAUACCUGAAAUUUCACAAGCUACGUUUGAUAACAUGGAAUAUGGAGAAGAUUAUAUGAAACCAGAUACAGAGACUUAUAACUGGGUGAUUCAAGCAUAUACCAGAGCUGAGUCUUAUGACAGGGUACAAGAUGUUGCUGAGCUUCUUGGUAUGAUGAUUGAAGAUCGUAGACGGCUGCAACCUAACGUAAAAACAUAUGCGUUGUUGGUUGAGUGCUUCACUAAAUACUGUGUCGUGGGAGAAGCAAUUCGACAUUUUCGUGGGCUUAAAACUUUUGAGGGAGGAACAAAAGUUUUACAUCAUGAGGGAAGACACGGGGAUCCGCUAUCUUUGUAUCUGCGUGCACUAUGCGGAGAAGGAAGGAUUGAGGAGCUGCUGGAAGCUUUAGAAGCUAUGGCCGAAGACAACCAAAUGAUUCCGCCCAGAGCCAUGAUCUUGAGCAAAAAAUACCGGACAUUAGUUAGCUCUUGGAUUGAACCUUUACAAGAAGAAGCUGAUCUUGGUUAUGAGAUUGAUUAUUUUGCAAGGUAUGUUGAAGAGGGUGGAUUGACUGGUGAACGUAAGCGAUGGGUUCCUCGAAGAGGAAAAACUCCUCUGGAUCCUGACGCUGUUGGUUUCAUAUAUUCUAACCCUAUGGAAACUUCCUUUAAGCAAAGAUGCCUUGAAGAUUGGAAAAUACAUCACAGGAAGCUUUUAAGAACCUUGCGUAAUGAAGGACCUUCGAUAUUAGGUGAUGUAUCUGAAGCUGAUUACAUCCGUGUCGUGGAGUGCCUACGAAAGACUAUCAAAGGCCCCGACCAGAAUGCUUUAAAGCCUAAAGCUGCUAGCAAAAUGUUAGUGUCCGAACUAAAAGAGGAACUAGAAGCGCAAGAUCUGCCUACUGAUGGAACCAGAAAUGUACUUUACCAGCGUGUACAGAAAGCAAGGAGAAUUAAUCGCUCUAGAGGUCGGCCCCUUUGGGUUCCAACUGUGGAAGAGGAAGAAGAAGAGAUCGAUGAAGAGCUAGAUGAAAUGAUAUCACGGAUUAAGCUCGAGGAAGGAAAUACAGAAUUCUGGAGACGUCGAUUUCUCGGAGAAGGCUUAAAUGGCGAUUCCGAAAAUUCUGUGGAUGUAGUUGAGUCUGAACCUCUUGAUGUCUUGGACGAUAUAGAUGAAGAUGUUGCUAUAGAGGUUGAAGAUGAGGAGGCAGAUGAAGAGGAGGAAGAAGUUGAACAACCUGAAAAUCAAGUAGGUGAGAGGGCUAAGGAAAAGGAAGCUGAAGCAUCAAAACCGCUUCAGAUGAUUGGUGUGCAAUUGCUGAAAGAUUCUGACAUGAUAACAAGAACAUCAAGGAAAUCAAGAAGACGACGAACUUCACGAACAUCAGUGGAGGAUGAUAUUGACGAUGACUGGUUUCCAGAGAAUAUUCAUGAAGCAUUUAAAGAGAUGAGGAAGAGGAAAGUUUUUGACGUAUCUGAUAUGUACACAAUUGCUGACGCUUGGGGCUGGACAUGGGAAAGAGAAUUGAAAAAUAGAAGUCCUCGAAGAUGGUCUCAGGAAUGGGAAGUUGAGCUGGCCAUUAAACUAAUGUUAAAAGUGAUAGAGUUGGGUGGUUUGCCUACUAUCGGAGAUUGUGCAAUGAUUUUGCGUGCAGCCAUACGAGCUCCUGCCCCUUCAGCCUUCUUGAAAAUUUUGCAAACGACACACAGUUUAGGUUACUCUUUUGGAAGUCCUUUGUAUGAUGAAGUUAUCACCCUAUGCCUUGACCUUGGGGAGCUUGAUGCGUCUCUUGCUAUAGUUGCAGAUAUGGAAACUACAGGCAUUACAGUUCCAGACCAAACAUUGGACAGGGUCAUUUCAGCUAGGCAGAUUAGUAAUAAUGCUGCAAAUUCAGAGUUGUGAUAGUUAUAGAAGCAUUUUUUCACCAUUUUGUACUGAUUCAUUUUUGUUGGUCUGGUGAAGGGAAUUGCAUCUCUUUCAUGCUGCGACUGAGAAAUGGUUGUAGAACUUUUUAGGGCGUAGGAGGCAGAGCACAUUUUUGUUGGUUAAUGCUAAGAACAUUUCAGUGUUC